AUGAAUAAGGGCUGGCUGGAGCUCGAGAGCGACCCCGGUCUCUUCACGCUGUUGGUUGAAGAUUUUGGGGUCAAGGGGGUGCAGGUUGAAGAGAUCUAUGAUCUGCAGAGCAAAUGCCAAGGGCCCGUGUACGGGUUCAUCUUCCUCUUCAAGUGGAUCGAGGAGCGCAGAUCCCGCCGCAAGGUCUCCACGCUGGUGGAUGAGACGUCGGUGAUCGACGAUGACAUCGUUAACAACAUGUUCUUUGCCCACCAGCUCAUUCCCAACUCGUGCGCCACCCACGCCCUGCUGAGCGUCCUCCUCAACUGCAGCAAUGUGGACCUGGGCCCCACGCUGAGCCGCAUGAAGGAUUUCACCAAGGGCUUCAGCCCCGAGAGCAAGGGCUACGCCAUCGGGAACGCGCCGGAGCUGGCCAAGGCCCAUAACAGCCAUGCCAGGCCGGAGCCGCGGCACCUGCCGGAGAAGCAGAACGGGAUCAGCGCCGUGCGGACCAUGGAGGCUUUCCAUUUCGUCAGCUACGUGCCCAUCAAGGGGCGGCUCUUUGAGCUGGAUGGGCUCAAGGUUUACCCCAUUGACCACGGGCCUUGGGCUGAUGACGAAGAAUGGACAGACAAAGCCAGGAGAGUGAUCAUGGAACGGAUCGGCCUGGCCACUGCAGGGGAGCCCUACCACGACAUCCGCUUCAACCUGAUGGCAGUGGUGCCCGACCGCAGGAUCAAGUACGAGUCCAAGCUGCACAUCCUGAAGAUGAACCGCCAGACGGUGCUGGAGGCCCUGCAGCAGCUCAUCCGAGUAACUCAGCCUGAACUGAUCCAGACUCAGAAGUCCCARGAGUCGCAGCCCCCCGAAGAGGCCAAGCCAGCCAGCAGCAAGGCGGCRGCCCCGGAGAGCACCCGUCCAGAGAGCAGCGAGGAUGCCGCCGGCCCGGCCCCCGCCGCAGCCACGCAGAGCCCCCCCAGCAAAGCCAAGCCGCUGGCCAAGCCACCCGUGAGCAGCAUCAACGGGGCGCCCCCGGCCGCCCCCAACCCCAUCGUGCAGAGGCUGCCAGCCUUCCUGGACAACCACAAUUACGCCAAAUCCCCCAUGCAGGAGGAGGAAGACCUUGCAGCCGGCGUGGGCCGUAGCCGCGUGCCGGUCCGGCCGCACCAGCAGUACUCGGAUGACGAGGAUGACUACGACGACGACGAGGAGGARGAAGUUCGUAACAGCAGCUCGGCCAUCAGGUACAAAAGGAAGGGGCAGGUGAAGCAAGAGCACGCGGCGGCGGCCGCCGACGGCCAGCUCUCCRUCCUGCAGCCCAACACCAUCAACGUCCUCACGGAGAAGCUGAAGGAGUCCCAGAAGGACCUUUCCAUGCCGCUGUCCAUCAAGACGAGCAGCGGGGGUGCCGCCGUGGCCGUGGUGGCCCAUUCCCAGCCUUCCCCCACGCCCAGCAACGAGAGCACGGACACGGCCUCGGAGAUCGGCAGCGCCUUCAACUCGCCGCUGCGCUCGCCCAUCCGCUCGGCCAGCGCCACGCGCCCCUCCAGCCCCGUCGCCUCGCACAUCUCCAAGGUGCUCUUYGGCGAGGAGGACGGGCUGCUGCGCGUGGACUGCAUGCGCUACAACCGCGCCGUGCGCGACCUGGGGCCGCUCGUCAGCACGGGCCUGCUGCACCUCACCGAGGACGGCGUGUUCUGCCCGCUCGCUGUCGCAGAUGGGGGGAAAGGCUCCCCCUCUUCCAUCAAACCCGGUGAAGAGACGCAGGUCGCUAUCAAGCUGGAAGAGAAGGAGGGCAGUGAGGCCAGUGACAGCAAAGAGAAGGUGGGACUUGGCAGGACCAGUGAUCACCCUGGGGGGGAAAAGUAUUCUCCCAAGGAGCUGCUGGCGCUGCUGAAGUGCGUGGAGGCAGAGAUYGCCAACUACGAGGCCUGCCUGAAGGAGGAGGUGGAGAAGAGGAAGAAAUUCAAGAUUGAUGACCAGAGGAGAACCCACAACUACGAUGAGUUCAUUUGCACCUUCAUCUCCAUGCUGGCCCAGGAAGGCAUGCUGGCCAGCCUCGUGGAGCAGAACAUCUCCGUGCGCCGACGCCAGGGCGUCAGCAUCGGGCGCCUGCACAAGCAGAGGAAGCCGGACCGUCGGAAACGCUCCCGGCCCUACAAAGCCAAGCGCCAGUAGCUGCCGGGUGGAGACUGUGAGAAGCAGCCGGGCCCUGUGGCUUUGGGCAGCGACGCUUGGAUUGAUGCCCCUCUUUGCCCAAGGAAGAGGGAUCCCCGCCGGGAGAAGCCCUUGACUGGGUGCUCCCUGCUCGCACCCUUAGUGUUGGGUGAAGCUGGAGCCCAGGGGCAAACGGGAAUGGGGUUUUCCUCUGAGCCCCGGUUGUGAAAGGCAACAACGCCUUGUCCCAAGGGGAGCCCGGGCAAAGGCUCCUCCGAGUGCCCAGCUGGCUGUGCCACAGCCACGUGCGGACACGGGGGGCCCACGUUUCAGUGGCCCCRGCAGGACGGGGGCAACCCACCCGGCUGGUGACCAGUGUGGCCUGGGGCGGGUCACGGUGAUAGGACCUUGUGGCCUCCUGUGUCCAGGCCUUCAGCUCUGCAUCCCUCCGGGAUGCUCAAGGCUGUUUGCUAAUCCUCUCCUUCCCUUUACCAAGCCCAUCUUCUGGCUGUGGCACGCUGGGCUCUUGGUGCUGAGGUGGCUCCUGGCAGCUGGGUGGCCUUGGAGCUGCCCCUCGGUGCUGGCGUGUGCCUCUCCUUCCACCACUGCUCUCCACGGGACCAGUCUGGUGGCUCCAGCGAUGCCUUCGGGCUUGCUGGGAGCCUGGAGAAACCCAGGGAUGAACGAGCAGGCCCAGGGGSCUGCUGCUUGUGCCCAGGCACCCAAGGGGGUCCUCGGGGUGGCCGGACCUGCCUCGAGGGUGGAAGCUGGACCAGGYCGGUGCCCCUUCACYGUGGGCAGAGGUGCCAGCGGUGGCRGUGAGCGAUGGGGACCGCAGGCACGAGCCCAGGGGCCCGUCCACAGCUGCUCUCGCUGCAGAGCUCUCCAGACCUGCCCCUCACCGYGGCCUCCUGCCUCCCGAGCACCUCUGCAACCGGCCUCCUUCUCCCUGCGCCCUGGCAGAGCGGAGGAGCCUGAGGCCGGUGCCGCCCCGAGAGGCAGGGGAAGGAGCUUGCCAAAGGGGCAGAGUUGUACAGGGCUUGCCUGUGGAGUGAAACCUCUCUCUUGGUAUUUGUUGAGGGGAAGAAAAUCCUCGCUCUCUUGCUGUGUCCAAUACCAAGUGCUGUAAAUAGUGGAUCUGUCGAACGAAUAAAGCUGUCGUGUAACAGCCACCCCA